AUGAAGGGGACCCCCGGCUCCUUGGACACCCUGCUGUGGGUCUACCACUUCCACAGCUCCACCGAGGUGGCCCUCCAGCCCCCGCUUCUGUCUUCCCUGGAACUCUCUGUGGCCGCAGCCCAUGAAUAUCUGGAGCAGAAGUUUAGGGAGCUGAAGUCCCUGGAGCCAUGGGAGCCGAAGGAGCUGGGGGAGUCGCCUGCCCUGAAGCCCACCCUGGGGCUGGUGCUAAGAGAAGCGGCGUCCAGCAUCAUGAGCUUCGGCGCCACCUUCUUAGAGAUCUCAGCCCUGUGGCUGCAACAGGAGGCGCGGCGACUAGACGGCAGCGACGGCAACCCAGGCCCAGCCCCAGAUUCCGGGGAUCCGGGUGGAGCGCUGGCCCGGGUGGCCCAGGCCGCGGGGCAGGGGGCUCGGCAAGCUGGGGCUGUGGUGGGCGCGAGCGCCCGGCUCCUCGUCCAGGGGGCGUGGCUGUGCCUGUGUGGACGCAGCCCACAGCGGUCCGCCUCCUUCCUGCAACAGUGGCGACGGCAGCUGGGCCUCGGAAUCCCCGAGGAACCGGUGAGCUCGUGA